UAUUGCUUCUGGUUUGUACAUUUGAAUUCACAGAAAUCCUACAAAGUAUGUUAUGUUGUCUCUCAAAACACAUCAGUUUUUUCUCACAUCCAUAACCCACGAUAUUUCGCUCUUUUAAAAUACACUGCCCGUCCAAAAAAAGUCACCACAUGGAUUUAACCCAGCAAAUAGGUAAGAGCUUCCCAUUAGAUUGGAGGUCACGGUUCAGCAAAGUUACCUGACAACAUAAACUGUUUUUUCUUCCCUGAUGGCAAAGACAUUCAAUUAUUUGAAUGAAUAAUAAUAAGAAUAAGUAUAUGUUGUGAAUAGUAAAAGACGUAGAUCCGUGCAAUGAUUAACGGGUUGGUGAAUAUGUGACCUAAGGAAAGUCAAAAUAAAAUUUCCACAACACGGAUGCACAGCGUGAGUUUAGCUUUCGUUUUCGAUUCAAAACGUCACAUCACACACCCCUUUCGUCAUUUAUACAAACAAUAAAAAACAAGAACAUUGAGUCGGUAUGUUUCUCUAUUUAGUUUCGUUUUGUGGGAAGUCGCUGUGCAUUUCUCAGACUGGUCUGUAAGUCCAGUCUUUAGUGUUUAAUGUGCCACUGACGUUUUCAUCAGCUGUGGAGAUGUUGUGUUAUUGGGGAGCGCAGGUUCGAGAGGGCUUCGGUUUACCUGACAAAGUUAAACACGUGAAUGACGGAAUAAUCUGCGUGUGUCCAAAAUCAGAAAUUCAGGAAAUGUCAGCAGGAAAAUGUUUUGUUGGAUUCAUUCGGAAUGGAAAAGUUUCGGUCCUCAAACUGCGCGGUGAACCCAAUGGUCAUGAUGGAAGACUAAAAAGUCCAUCCUUAAAAGACAGUUUCAGAUUAAUAGACUGUGGAGAAUCUGCUGCUGUUCUUCUUACUCAUGGAGGAAAUGUUUUCACUAAUAUGGAAUCUCCUCUUGAGUACAAACCUCUCAAAGACCUGUCCAACAGACAUGUGAUUCAGAUCUCAUGUGGAGACCAGCAUUCAAUGGCAUUAACACAGGAGGGUCAGGUGUUUGUCUGGGGUGAGAACUCUCAUGGUCAGCUGGGUCUGGGUGAAGGUCGAUCUGGAUCUCAGACUCCUCAACACGUUCAGUGUCUGGAUGGGGUUCCACUGGCUCAGAUCAGCGCUGGAGGAGAUCACAGCUUUGUGUUGUCUCUCUCUGGUGUUGUGUUGGGCUGGGGGAAGAACUCUUCUGGACAGUUGGGUCUGGGAGACACUACAGACAGGCAUGUGCCAACAGUUGUGAAAAGCCUGAAUGGAAAGAAAACUCAGUUCAUCUCGUGUGGAGGAGAACAUACUGCAACUUUAUCAAAGGGAGGCACUGUGUUCACAUUUGGGUCGGGAGUUUUUGGUCAACUUGGACACAACUCAUUUAAAGAUGAACAUCUUCCACGAGUGGUUUCUGAACUGUGGGGCUCUAAAGUGUCACAGGUCACAUGUGGGAGACAUCACACGCUUGUGUUAGUGGCGUCAUCAAAGCAGAUCUAUUCAUUUGGAUGUGGGACGCAAAGGCAGCUGGGAAAUGGACAAAUGAUCAACCAGUCUGUGCCAUCACCAGUACACCUCCCAGCUGAAUUUUAUGAUGAAUAUGCAAUUGGAAAAGUCAUUGCUGGGGAGAACCAUUCCUUUGCCUUGUUCUAUAAGGUACAUGGAAAUGAGUCAACAAAUCUUGAGCCCGAUCAAAGCAGAAGGAUUGUGACAUUAGAUGACAAAAUGAUCGACCAAUGGGUGUCUGAAUGUGAUUCAAAUGCAUGGAAAACAACACAAAAGAAAAUAAGCAAAGUCUUCUCAUCUGCUGCCUGUUUGAAUGGAAGUUUUCUGAAAACAAGUUGUGAUGAGCAUUUCCAGACUUCUGCUGAGUUCUGUGGUUUGGAUUUUGACCUGGUCAAGAAAUCAUUUGCAAAAUUAGCAGUGAAUAAAAGGGUGAUGUCAAAGGUUGUGGAGACUGUUGGGAAUGCAACGUUGCCGACUAGUCCAGCUAGUGUGGAAGCUCUGAGAGUUUAUCUUCUCCUCCCAGAGCUCAUCAGAGUCUGCCAGAGACAACACAGAGCUAAACUUCUUGAAGUGCUCGCCUCCAAUAUCGUUCAGCUGAAUUCUGAUGCUCUUAAAGUGUUAGAAACGUACUGGUCCAAACUCCCUUACGAUUGUCUCAAAGGCCUGGUGAAGUUAUUUCGCAAAGAAACUUCAAAGUCAAUUGGCAGGAUUGCGGUUGAUGGCAUAAACUUGAACGCACGGAAACGUUUGGAGCAACUUGCCCAGGUCCUGCAGAUGGUCUAUAAGGUCUGCUGCAAUGCCCACAACAAAAUCACAAAAAGUCAUUUCAUCAUCAAUGAGAUUAAUGAUCUACUUGAUACGCUGCAAUCCAUCACUGAAGAUUUAAACAACAACUGGUGGUUGCGUAACUGGAAUGGAAACCUUCAAGCCUUGACGGAUCUGGAAAACUACUAUGAUCAAACGUUAAAGAAGCUAAAAUCAUUUCAAUGCAUCUUUAACCUGGAAGCCAAAUGCAGGUUUAUGAAAAACACAUUACGUCAGAGUUGUUAUCAGCUGGUGUUAAGACGCACAGCACUUCUGGACGAUUGUUUCAGGGAGUUGAAAAAAGCCAUUGAUCAAGAUCUCAAAGGAGGGCUGACGGUCCUUUAUGCUGAGGAUGUCACAUAUAGUUCCAAUGUCAACAGGAGUGACUUUUUCUUCAACGUGUUCAAGGAGUUGCGUGAACUGGACUCUCAGUUCUUCAUGUACAAUGACAAUAAAACUAUUUUCUGGUUCCCAUCACAGCCGAGUGUGGAGAAGGAGAAGUACUUACUGCUUGGGAUUUUGUGUGGUUUGGCCUUCAACAACAAUUGUGUUGUGCACCUGCCCUUUCCUUUAGCUUUAUUCAAAAAACUUCUCAACGUCAAACCAACUCUUCAAGACCUGAAGGAGUUUGACCCAGUUUUUGGCCAGAGUUUGGAGCAUGUUCUCAAUUACAGCGGUGAUGUUUUAGAGGAAAUGGAAAUGCCGUUAACGGUCACUUGGGAUGGAAGAGAGGUGGAAUUGGAUCCUACUAAUCCAGGAAACAUUGUUACAAAUUCUAACAAAACAGAAUUUGUGGACAAUUGUGUGGAUUACAUCUUGAAUAAAUCUGUGGAGGACGUGUUUGAAGAAUUCAAGACAGGCUUUUUCAAAGGAUGUGACAGAGACUUGGUGGUGAUGUUUGAACCCGAGGAGCUGAGAGGGUUGCUGUUGGGCAAUGAAGACUAUGACUGGGACAUACUCAAACAGAACGCAACAUAUGAAGGAUUGCUUUCUGCCGAGCAUUUGACCGUCAUCUCAUUUUGGCAGGUGUUUGAAGAACUUACAUCUAACCAAAAGAAGACUUUCCUAUUGUUCUUGACGGGUUUCGAGCGAGUUCCCAUUCUGGGUAUGAGUCAGGUGAAGAUGAGAGUGAGGAACCUGUUAAACUCAACUGAGGAACAUCUGCCACAGGCCCUGACGUGUCAUUCCCUGUUAGAACUUCCUAUUCAUCAAAGCAAAGCAAAACUUAAGGAGAAACUCAUCGAAGCCCUCAACCACAAGAGGGGUUUCUGGGAGGAAUGAGUUGUUGUGAUUUUAAUGUGAUAGUGAAUUCCUAAAAAUGAAAAUUCUGCCAUGUGUAUAAUGUUAUAGCUUUGCUUAAUUAAAAAAUCUGUUUUUACAAGAUAAAGCAUUUCAAGGUGAAACGUUGCACUUUUUACAUGCACUUUGACAUCAAAUGGUACAAAUUAUGGGAUCUGGUAUUUUUAUGAAGUUAUAAGUUGUAUUUGAGUUGUCUAAAAUGUUAUUAUUUAUGUUUUUAAACAAACUGCACUUUUUGAUUUUACAAGCUCCUACUUAUUUCUGAUAUUCUCAAUAUAACAAUUUUACAAACCCAGCUUUUAUUUAACCCAGUGUGACUUUAACAAAAGCCAUGGGUCGGUUUUUAAGGGGAUGUUGAUAAAGAAACAAAACAUCACUGUAAAAAGUCUAUUUAUUUUAAAAUAUCCUUGUCUUCAAAAUAUUAUUUUGUUGCUAAUU